UCGAGAAUAAAUAACAUCAUUAACAUGUCAUACAAUGAAGAUAUUCCAGAUAAUCCACUACCAUUUAACGAAUCAUACAACGCAACAAUGAACACGACAGAUUCAAUCGAAACCGAUGAGUACUGUGUCAACUGCAUAAUCGUACCCAUCCUGGUAAUCAGCUGCCUCAUAUCUAUGCUAGUCAAUGUAGUGGUUAUAGCGAGCGCCAACUGGAUUAGGUGUCCCAUGACCCCAAAUCUGAAAAUCAGCCUGAGCUUGGCAGCAGCUGAUGCUUGCAGUUCGAGCAUGUACGGAUUGAUUAUAUUUACAGAAACGUAUAUCUUGCCUGACCCUGGAGUUAUUAUAACUAUUAUCGAAAUGAUACGACUCACUGGAAUAGUUAUUACAGUUGUACAUCUUCUGGCCCUUAGCAUCAAUCACUACAUCGGAAUUUUGAAGCCGCUGCAUUAUAAUGCGAUUGUUACAAGUAAAAAGGUAUGUGCUGUACUAUGGUUAUUAUGGAUAUUUCCAACAAUAACGCUAAUGUCAAUAUGUGCGGCUUUCGACAGAGAUGGUGAACUGAGGGACAAUUUCAUCCUCAAUACGGGUAAUGUGCCGGGUUUUAUGACCAAAUUCAACUUCAGGAUGACAUUUUCUUCAUUGUUCUUCGUGCCGGUUUUUAUUAUGGUGGUAUGCUACACCCACAUACUAAUCGUCGUCAAGAAACAACAAAACAGGUGGAACAAUCUUUCUCGUAUUGGAAGUACCAGAAAUAAAGGCAAGCCAAGCCAGAAAAUAUCAAGAGAACGCAAACAGCUUGAGGGAAACGUAAGGGCCAUUUAUACCACCAUGUUAAUCCUGGGAUCGUGCGUCAUAGGUUGGACUCCGGCCCUACUCAACUACAUAUUGGCUUGCGCCGAAGACUGCUACGUUUCAGGUGAAGAACUGAUCCACCUCAACCGCGAACACGAGAAAUUGAUUUUGGUCAUGAGACUGAUCGACAAUCUUCUAGUCAUAAUGAAGAUGCUAGCGAAUCCGAUCAUUUACAGCAUACGAAUGAAGGAAAUCAAGGAUGGAACUAAGAGGAUGAUGUUGGCGAUAUCUGGCUUGUUCUGUCGAUCCGACAGAAACCAUCUCAACUCCUCCGGGUACUACUAUCAAUCCAGACUACAAAAUAGUUCCGGAACUAGUACUCUCCAAGUCCAAAUGUCCUUGAAAUCGAGUAGAAAUGGCAACCACGUCACACUGAAUAGAGAAGCCGAAAAUAGUUUUUUGUAAUGUAAAAAGGUACGUAAGUAUCAUGAUAUAUGUGAAGCCAAAGUUUAGAUAGUUGCUAGGAUAAGUAGAUAUGCAGCAAGAAAGUAUAUAAUGAAAUACAGGAUGUCACUGGCUGGAAUGGCUGUAGCCAGUUUCAAAAAAAUUACAAUAUCUAAAUUGAAUAUUUGUGUAUCAUACCUUCCGGAAUUAUGAAAAAUUAGAUUAAAUUUACUUAUUAAGGAUUUUAUAAAAUCGGAGACGGUUGCUGUUAAUUUCUAGUAUAUCUGGAAGUGCCGCCAUGUUAAACCAAUUUUUAAUGGAGAGAUUUAAUUGUGAAAUAUUAAAGUACAAAAAGGUUCAAUCUAGGUAUGGUAGUUCGGUUACAAACUCAUAAUAGAAACUCAACCACGGACACUCUGU